CUCUCUUUUUGAGCCCCCAUCCAAACUUGAGGUUGUGGCUAAAGUUAGACGAGGGGGCCCGGGGCUAUAUAAGCCCCCCGGAGGCGGAGGACCGACGCGGCUUCACCCUCUCCUCUCUUUCUUCAUCGUCCCAAAGCUCCACUCUCAGCGUCUCGAAAUGGCACCCAAGAAGACCAAGAGGAGGCAGGGGGGCGGAGAUGGCGGCUCCUCCAACGUGUUCUCCAUGUUUGAGCAGAGUCAGAUUCAGGAGUACAAGGAGGCCUUCACAAUCAUCGACCAGAACAGAGACGGUAUCAUCAGCAAAGAUGAUUUGAGGGACGUUCUGGCUUCCCUGGGCCAGCUGAACACCAAGAAUGAGGAGCUGGAGGCCAUGAUCAAGGAGGCCAGCGGCCCCAUCAACUUCACCGUCUUCCUCACCAUGUUCGGCGAGAAGCUGAAGGGCGCGGACCCCGAGGACGUUAUUCUUGCCGCCUUCAAGGUCCUGGACCCCGAGGGUACCGGAACCAUCAAGAAGGAGUUCCUUGAGGAGCUCCUGACCACUCAGUGCGACAGGUUCUCCAAGGAGGAGAUCAAGAACAUGUGGGCCGCCUUCCCCCCUGACGUCGCGGGCAACGUGGACUACAAGAACAUCUGCUACGUCAUCACACACGGAGAGGAGAAGGAGGAGUAAGAAGACAGGAUGAAAGACGACAAAUCCCUUCGCUUUUUCCUGCCUUUCCUUUCCUUUCUUCUUCCCUGGCUCCUUCCAUCCAUCCCACCCUCCGUGGGGUCAUAUUCCCGCUUGUCUCUUCCAAAGUGGAGACCUGUGGGAGCUCACGGGACGUCUGUGUCGGCUUAUGGGAGAACAGGGGAGGCUUUUCAAUAAAAGAAACCUUUCACUUACGCCAGCCAUCUUCUUUCCACACCUUCCUCUCGAGGUGACCCGGGGGGUCCUCAUUCCCAUUCCGAAGAGGUCCUCUGGUGCUGGAAGGGAUGGCAAACGGAAGGGAGAGGAGAGACGUCCCCGAAAGAAAACAUUGCCGUCUUCGGCGACGUUUCAUCCUCUCCCCUUCCCGGCCGGCGUGGUUGUCACGUGAUGUCAGCCUCCUCUUCCUCUGUAAACUGGUCCACGAUGUCCCAAUUCAACCUUGCCUUUCCUCUGUAUUGAAUAAAAAGGGACAAACUGUGAAUAAAACCUCUUUCCUUUUGUACAA